CCAGCUAAGACCCCUCCCACAUCCACCAUAAAAACUUGACGCAUUAGUGGAGCGCUGUCCAUAAUGGUCUCUCUUCACUGUUCCUUAGCAGCUCUUUAUGCUUUGUGCAUUUGGAUUGUUAAAUACGCCGCUGGGACAAUCUGUUCUGAUUCACGGACAACUUUAAUAAAUGGUAGAUGCUGCAAACUGUGCCCUCCAGGGCAAUAUCUGGAGGGCUUCUGCACAGAAACAACAGAAACCGUCUGUCGCCAAUGUCCUGACAACUUCUUCUCUCAACAGUAUAAUGCCUUUAACAAAUGUAUGCCAUGCCAGUCGUGCCAAGGUGCCCACAGAGAAUAUGAAGAGAAAUGUUCUUCAACCACAAACGCCAAGUGUUUGUGUCACCCUGGUUUCCUGUGUUCCGAUGACGCGUGCUCACAGUGUGUGGAAAAUAUGUGUGAUGAUGGCGAGAAGGCGGUGAAGACAGCUGUAGGGCCGAAGCCGUACAAGUGCCAGCCAUGCCGUGAUGAUGAAUAUUUGGACGUGAAAAUGAAUAUCUGCAGGCCACGGCGAAAUUGCAGCAAGGAAGGACUUGUGGUGCAGUUUCCGGGAAACAAAACCCAUAAUGCAGUUUGCCGGAGACAAGCUGAAGUACGACUUGAUUCUUCACCAGAAAGAGAUGUUUAUAUGAUCCUUGGCAUCGGAUGUGGUGUGCUGGUUCUAAUUCUUCUUGUGACCCUGUCUCACAUAAGUGUUACAAAGAAAUGUAGAGCAGGUGAUUCGCUGUACCGCAGGCCCGUUGAAGAAAUCGGUGAUGGCACUCACUGCAACCUGAAUUCAAAGGAGCCUUAAUCACCUGUACAGUAUCACGGCACAUGUUCACGUUACAUUCUUUUUUGAUAUUAUAGUGAGAAUGACAUGAGAUGUCUGCUUGUUGUGUCCAACCUCACUGAACUGUUACUGGAUGCAUAUUAAAGUUGCUGGAGUUUCUUCUACUAGUCUCAA